UCCACCGAUCCACAUUGACACUGACACCAAAUAAAAUAGAAGAAUGUGAAAAAAUAAAAUCUUUCUUGGUAUAUUUGAGAACAAGAUUGGAAAUUGACAUCUCAACCACAUAAGCUUAGAUUCAUUUAUUCAUAAUUUCAUACAUUCAUUCUCUCUGUAACACACAGAGCAGGAACUGGAACUGGAAGCUCUUACAUCUAUGUAUGCGUGUGUAAGAGAUGUGUAUGUCGGCAGUCAUAUGGGGGCCACAUGAAGAAAAGUAAUCAGAUCGCCCUCUCACACCACCACUUGUUCUCUCUGCCUCCCAUGAGUCCCAUGUGCCCAGCUUCAUCACCUCCUGCUGGCACUCUCUCUCUUUGUUGGCAAGAGCUCAAAAUGUGCUGAACUGAAUCCAGCAGUUUCUGAUUCCAGCACUGUAGAUCUAUUUUGGCUCUGAAGGGUGCUUACCAAGUUGGUCUUGCCAUGGACUCUGCAACUCUUCUUGAUCAUGCCCUCUUCCAACUCACUCCUACUAGAACCAGGUGUGAUCUGGUGAUAUAUGCUGGUAAUGUGACUGAGAAAUUGGCUUCUGGGCUUUUGGAACCAUUUGUUUCUCAUCUGAAAUGCGCUAAGGAUCAGAUUUCCAAAGGAGGGUACUCUGUCACUCUACGCCCUGUGGCCUCACAUGCCCCAUGGUUCACCAAAGCCACUCUGCAAAGAUUUGUGAGAUUUGUCAGCACGCCGGAACUUCUUGAGAGAUUUGUGACCAUAGAGAGAGAAAUAGAUCAGAUCGAGAGUUCAGUCCAAUCAAAUGAGCUGUCAGACGCAACGGAGGCAGAAGCUGCUGUCGGGAAUCUCCAGAAGUCAUCUGCAUCAUCCAAGUGGAGUGGUGAGCCCAAUGGAACUGACGAUGCUACACAUAAAGAAAAUUCCAAGGUUCGUCUUCAACGAGUUCUGGAAACUAGGAGGGCAGUACUCCGCAAAGAGCAAGCCAUGGCCUAUGCCCGUGCUCUGGUUGCUGGAUUUGAACUGGACUACAUAGAUGAUCUCAUAUCCUUUUCAGAUGCUUUUGGAGCUUCACGUUUGAGGGAAGCAUGCAUCAAUUUCAUGGAAUUGUGCAAGAAAAAGAAUCAAGAUAGGCUUUGGAUGGACGAAAUAGCUGCAAUGCAGGCGUUUGCAAGGCCUGAGUUGCCUUAUCUUGCAACAUCUGGAGUCAUACUUGCUGGCGAAGAAAAUGACCCUAGUCUAUUAAAUGCUUCUGACUCAACUACAAGUCUUGGAAGCUUAGAUGCAAAACAAGACAGCAGCUUGCCAUCAUCUACUCAGAUGCCGUCAACAGAUGGGAAGACCCAGAUGCCCAUGCUGUGGCCAAACCAUCUGCCUCCUUAUAAUUUUCAAGGUCCUAUGUUUCAGCAAGUUCCUCCAUAUCAAGGCUACAUUUUUCCUGGUAUGCAUGCUCCACCUCCAUAUUUUCCUGGGAACAUGAAAUGGCCCCUAAAUGUGGAUGAUUCCGGUCAAGGUUGGGAACCUGAUGAUCAAAGAAGUCUUAGAUCAUCGUCGAGGAAUAGGAAGAAAUCUUCACUCAGAAAAGACCGGGAAGCUUCAGAGCAAGAUAAUUCCAGUGAACUUGGUGAUUCCAGCUCUGGCAGUGGAUCAGACGAGAAUGCACAGAACAGCAAAAAGAAUUCUUCCGGGGAGCAAGGUCAUAAGAAAAAGCAUGGAAAGAAGUCCAAAAGAAAAGUAGUCAUUCGCAAUAUUAAUUACAUCACUUCUAAGAGGGAUGAGUCCGAGGAGACCUCUGAUGAGGAUGAGUUCAUUGAUGGAGAUGCUAUCAAACAGCAGGUAGAAGAAGCAGUGGAGUCUUUGGGAAGACGACAUAAAUCAGUCUCACGGCAUCACAAGCGAAAGGAUGGGGCCAAGUACCAUAAUAUUGAAGAAAAUUCAAACGAUGUCGAUGAUCAGGAAAGCAAAAAUAUAAAUAAAAAAAAGGACUCCUGGGAUGUUUUCCAGAACCUCCUUUUGAAGGAGAAAGAUUUGGAUGAUUCUGGAAAUGCUUCACACACUGUACAGGGUCAGGAAGAAUACUUUGGAACUGAGAGUUCUGGGAAUGGGAGGUUUUCUGUGCUUAACCUGGAAUCGGAGAAAGUAGUGAAACAGCGGGGAAUUUUAAGUGAUUCAUUUGUUGUGACGGGGAGAAAUACAGGUGAUGAAGGUACAACUCACAUUGAAAACUUUGAAACUAGUGAAAGUGCCAGCUCAGUUAUAAAGAAAAGGGACAAUGAGUAUGAGGAAAUGUUAUUUUCACGGAAAAUUAACGAAUCAGGAAGCUAUUCCCAUGCUACUUCAUCUGAUCUUGCUACCGGACCUUCCAAAGCCAGAAGUCGAGAAGAAGGAGAUUGGUUUAUCAGCAACCAGUUGGUUAAAUCAGCAGAUCGGAAUGAAGGCAUGGAGUUCAAAACUUUCAAUGGUGAUUACCAUUACCAUGCCAAUAAUAAGACAGAUGUUUUAGCUGAUGACUCCUUCAUGAUCCAAACUAGACCCUUAGUAGAUGAACGCCCUGAUUCUUUUUUAAAAGCAGAUAUAGACAUUGUUGGAGCUACUCAAUUUGAAAAUUUUGGUGCUGAAGCUUCCCUUGAUAAGGAUUAUGCUUAUGGUGCUGAUGAGCCAAAUGAUCUCUGCAUGGUACUUGAACGUGAUUCAGCUAUGGAUCAUACUGUCGUAACUUGGACUCCAGAAAUUCAAUAUGAAAAUUUCUCAUCUGCUGCAGCUAAUGGAAAGAACUCUGUUACUGAAACACCUGAAGUUGAUGAAAAACUGCCUUCUAAUGUUAAAAAGUCUACAAGCAAAGUUUCAAGUGAAAAUGCUAGGUCCAAGGUUUUCAAUGGGACGCUUGGGAAGAGCAAAUCUGAAAUUAUAUCAAGGAGCAGGAAACCAUCUUCUGCGAGUGAAGCAGCUGCUCAGAAGCAGAAAUUAAAGAAGGAAGAGGAGAGGAGAAAGAGGAUGGAAGAGUUGCUGAUCCAACGCCAGAAGAGAAUUGGUGAAAGAAGUUCUGUCAGGAGUAGUCCAGCAACAGUUAAGAAAACCCCAGUGGACAAGAAAUCUGCAGCAGUUUCCAUAAAGAAUGACAAACCUAAAAUUCGGCCCCAGAUCCAAGAGGCAAAUAAAUCAGAUAAACCCAUCUGUCGGAGUUCCACCAUAGACCGUCUUGCAACUGCUCGGACUACCCAGGUUCCAUCAAGUAAAUCAAAAUCUGGUGAUCCCAAAAAAGCAACUGUGAAGGCAAAUGGUGUAGCUACCUUGCGGCAGAAGAAUUCUGGCAGUGAAAAUGAGAAACCAGGUCUAAACAAAGUUAAAUCUGAUGUCCAAGCAAAGAGGGAUGACAAAGCAACCUCAGCAGCUCCAGCAGGGGUAGCAGCCAGAGCAGCAACUCAGCCCCUUGAUGUCACCGAUGAUUUUAAAGAUAUAAAGGAAUUACAUACUACAGCUUCAAUCGUGAAGAAUCAAGUAAAUAUGGUUGAGGAAGGAGACACUUUUGGUGGUAAAGGUUGUAACGGUAAUCCUCUUGGCAUAACCUCAUCUGAGCCUGUUGAAGAUCAACAUGCACAACUGGAUCAAGGAAAUCAUAAGGGAUUAACCACAGCUUCUCCAACUCAUUCCAAUGAAAAAGAUAUUUCUGAUGCUUGUGGAGACUAUACCUCUGAAAUUACUGUACAUCCCAUCCCAGAAUCGCCAAAAAAAGCUGUGGUUAUUUCUACUUCUAAGGAUUAUGGUGCAUUAAAGGAAGAUAUUUACUUACCAAAAAAUCGCGAGUUAGAAAUCUCCACCCCUCCAAUCGAUGGAAUGGACUCUGAAGCAGCCCACUCCAGGAAGAAAUGGAACAGUGAUGAAAACUCUCCUAAAGCUGCCAAAGGUUUUCGAAAGCUUCUUUUGUUUGGACGUAAAAACCGAAACUCUGCCACAAAUUAAGGAUCAGGAAGAGGUUAAUCUUACGUUCAUUCCUUUUGGUAUUGCCUCUGCAUGGGAUUAUGGUUUUACUGAAAGUACGUAGUGCACUUGCGAGUUUCUUUGUUUGAUCACACGGCCGAUAUAUGCCUGGUGAAUGAACAGAUACGUAAUAAGCCUUUGGGAGACGGGAGUUGCUGCCAAAGCUGCUAAUGUAAAUCUGAAUUGUUAUUUACUAGGAUUGGUGUGAAAGCAUGUUUUUUUUUUUGUUUUGUAUGCAUCUUGAGUAUGUCAAUUUGUUUUUCAGAUUGCUUGAUAUCUUUUUGUAAAUUUAUUUUAUGUACCAAAAGAGCUAUGCAAAAGUUUGGGAUAAAGACUCGGAUGAUGACGACCAAAAGAGCUCUGCCAUCA